GUACGUUUUAUGAAUAUGCAAUACAAAUACUUACUCUUUGUUUAGAAAAAUCUUUUGUUUACUUAAUCAGUUAGUUUCAUAUCGCAUUUGUAAGGUUAAUGUAUCUCUGAAAAGUUAUCUUGCUUGUUAAAGUGGUAGAGGUUAUAGGCUAAUUUAGUGUGUAUACAUACUGGAGUGUGCGCGCUAUAAGUCUCAUUGAUUUUACGAGCAUAAAAUGGCGUCGACAUCCGGCACAAAGUGUGAAGACAAAAUUAAUAAAGAUGAAAUUGGAGUUAAGGAGAAAAUAGUGAGCGAAUGUGGAAUAAUGUAAGACUAUUCAUUUUCGAUUCGUAACCAAGCUCACAAACGAUGAUAAGCUAAUCGGUAUUUUAAUGUGAAUUAUGUUGUUUGAGGUUAAAAUUAAAUACCUAAAUUACUACCUACAGCUCGACCAAGCUAAGUUUGCACCUCGCAUCGAUUACGUCACACUGCCGCUUAGUGCCAGCGCAUCCGUUGCAGAAACGCGUUACCUAUUUGAUUUUACGAAAAAUGAUAGCGUUGAAACCUGGGAAGAGAUUUCCGAUACAGUACGUGACGUUGGAAUGUCUAAGGCUUUGAUUACCAUACAUAAAAAUAUUGGGUUUAGAAGAGCCAUAUUUUUUGUAUUACUAAAUCCUCAACUAAACGGUGCAGGUUUCGCAGGCAUGAGAGUUUUAAGUAAUUAUGACCUUAGUGGAUAUACAGCGCUCCAAAUUUACUGUAGAGGUCAAGGACAAUUUAAUCGUUUCAAAGUAACUUUACGGCACAAAGGUUUUAAUGAUGAAACGAAUUAUUCUUUCGAACAAUAUUUUCAGGCUCCCAAAGAUGAAUUCGCUGUACGUGAUUUAAGAUUAUCAGAAUUCAAGGCCUACUACCGAGGGAAAAAAGUAGUUAAUAACGAGACUUUGAAUUUAUCGCAAAUUACCAGCAUUGGAUUGCAAAUGUACGGCGGAGUGUAUCAAACAGUGAAACAAAAAGGACCUGCAACUUUAGAAAUUGAUUGGAUUAGAGCGGUUGUACUUUAGUUCUAAUUUUCAAAUCUGCUGGACAUUAAUAAUUGUAAGUUUUUAUAAUUUCAAAAUUAAAAUAUUAUACCAUG